AUGGGGCUAGAGAACCCGUCUGCGUCCUCUCUCACGACUGAGAUGUGUCAAUUUACCAUUCUCAAGGGCGCAGCACCAGUCCUCGCGCCCCGUCUGGGCAGACUCGUGCUCGCAGGCCGAAAACCCAUCUCGACACCGCACUUCGUGCCGCUCACCUCGCGAGGGACCGUCGCCCAUCUCAGCCACGAUGUGAUGCGGGACCAGACGUCGAUAGCAAGCUUAUACUGCGGCCUAGAAGAUUUCAUAGAAAAAGAUGGCCCGGCGGUAUACAAAGUGCCCUGCACGGCCCAGGAAUCACCCCUGCGCAAGUUCAUCUGCAUGCCGGACGAGAUCACGCUUGUUCUGGGUCCUCGCCGCGCCCCCCCGGUCCCUUGUCCCGUACCCAGCACCAACAACUCCGUCUCGAUCCUCACCUCGGUCGGGUUCCGCCAGCUGCCCGCCAGCGAGUGGGUGGAUGCCGUCCAGAAGCUGCGGCCGGAUAUCGUCGUCGGGAUGGCUGAUUUGGCGACGGGGACAGCGGCCCCGGGCGUCAAGCGGCGCGGAAAGAUGGUCGACAGGACACAUGCUUAUACGCGUGACGCGACGGAGCGGCUCCAGCGCGAGUCCUCGUCGCCGACAGCGACAACGACAACGACAACGACAUACUUUGCGCCUGUGCUCCCGCUAGAGAACACCGAGCAGACCAUCUACCUGGCAGACCUUGAGUCGGAGCUUCGUCCGGCCAUCGCCGGCCUCGCCCUGUACGAAUCGGCCUCGCUGGGUGUCCUGCCUCCGGCGCUGGGCGACCUGCCACGCCUCGUUUUCAGCGAGCCCGCCACGCCGCACGAGGUCCUCCGCGACAUCUCCCUGGGCGCCGAUCUGCUCACUCUUCCAUUUGUAGGCGCCUUGUCCGAUGCUGGGAUUGCCCUCGACUUUGUUUUUCCUAGUCCUUCUUCUUCUUCCGCUUCUCCUUCUACAUCUUCUACUUCUCUCCCCCUAGCACGCGACCUCUGGUCUGACACGUACACCACGGACGUCUCACCCCUAUCCGAAUCCUGCAACUGCUAUACAUGCCGCAACCACCACCGUGCAUAUCUCCACCAUCUCCUUGCCGCCAAGGAGAUGCUCGCCUGGACCCUCCUGCAGAUUCAUAACCAUGCCGUCGUGGACGCUUUCUUCGCAGCCGUCCGGGCCAGUAUCGAACGGGAAACCUUUGAAAGCGACAUCCACUCUUUUGCAAGAAUGUAUGAGCCUGACUUUCCAGAUAAAACAGGCCAAGGACCGAGGUAUUUCUCUUUUCAUUCUUCUUCUUCUUCUUCUUCUUCCAGUUUUGACAUUUCAGAUUACGCGGGUACCAAAUCCUCCCCUCAGGCCCAAACCAGGCGAAACGCAACCCAAAAGCGUACGGUCGUCUGA